ACUUGUAAAGCCUCUCCAAUUUCAACCUCCCUCUCAAUCCCUUCCAUAUACCUCCUCUCCUUUCCACCACCUCUUUAUCCUGCCUUUCUCCUUCUUUCUUCUACUUUGUAGUAUAACAUGGAUAAAGACCAAAACCAAAUCCCUGCUAACUCUCUUGUAUGGGAUUGUGGCAGCUCUCUCUACGACUCCUUCGAGCUUAAAUCCUUCAAGCGGCAACUCGACUCCGCCAUCGCCUCCAGGUGCCUCUCCAUGCCGCACUUAUCCGAGCACCCUCCACUGCCACCGCCGCCUUCCGGCAAGACAAAGAAGCACUCCAAAUUCUACAAAUCACUUCACAAGCUCCUCCGAUCCGUGCUCCGGUUAAGACCUACGUUCAGGGUGCGGCUCCAAACUUACCAGCAUGAUGAACAUGGCUACCAUGGUGUUUAUUGGCGAUCCGGCAGUCUUGCUUCGAUACCGGAGGUCUGCGAAAAGGAUUUCGGGUCACCGGAUCUCGACUCGUCGGUGAGUAGCACCAUGUCGGAACGGUUCACGAGCACCACCGCCGGCCAACUGAAGGUGGCGUCGUGAGGGAAUAUUCCGUACGUUCAUGUGGUUUCAGCAUGUGUUGCUCAUCUCUUGCAGGAUCGUUGGACCUUGCAAUUUUGACUUGCAGCUAAUUGAUCAACGAAGACUCGAGUAGCUUGAGCUGGAUCUUUGGUGGGGUUGGCUGUCGGCCGUUUACUGCUUCCUCUCAAUUAUUUUUUUUUUUAAAAAAAACAAGAGAAUGUUUACUGCUAAUUUUUCUUUAACUCGAAGGCAUGUUUGGUUUUAUCAGGAAAGGUAUACUUCAGAACAUAUAUUAUGAGGAGGUACCUCUGAUCACAAAAUUAUAACAGGCAGUGCGAUGCUUGGAUGUAUGUAUGAAAUAGGUUUUCUUCCUCAAUUCAGUUUCAUCAAAAUGACACUGGAAUAUUUUUAGCUCCACAUAUUUAGAUAGAAUAGUGAUUUAAAUAUUUGUUUCUUA